AUAGUGUUUUCUAUCAAAUCACACUACUAUUAAGUUAAUAUAUAAUGGAUAGGAAAAUAGCGGUUCCAGAUGUGAUGAAUGCGCCUGUUUCAGCAGCACACCAUUCAAGACUCCAUAACAGUUCUUGUGCGUCAAUAGGAACAGGCCUUGAUAAUGCUAAAUGUGCUCUCAGAUAUUCCCGAAUGGUGCUUUUAGAACCGUGAGAAAGCAUGUUUUCCGCUAUUUGCGCUCCCUGUGCUCAUUAUAGCGGCUGAUUGAUGCGCAGUGUUGAGUGGCAUCUCUCGCAUCCACAGCCCCCUCCUCCUCUUCCUCUUCCCUCCUCCCUCCUCACAUCAUGCUCAGGCGAGGGCUCGGCUACAGACCGACGGGCUGCGCGACCCCCCUCCCCCCUUCCAUCAUUUUCCCAUCUCUUACUCACUCUCUUCCCUACAACAAACAUGGCCGCGAAAUCUGAUGGUGCACCCGUCUCUGUACGAAACGAGCACCCAGCAGAGUGCCCUCCCAGGUCGGAUGUGCGGCCUCUCCCGCAGCGCCCCGCCGAACAGCGCUACUCUCUGGCGGACUUCUGCUGGACCCUGUGCGCCCUUUUGGUCUUCUUCUCGGACGGGGCCUCAGACCUGUGGCUGACCGCGGACUACUUCCUUCGGAGGGACUACUGGUUCUUUACAGUGACUCUGAUCUUUAUCAUUGUCCCGUCCCUGGUUGUGCAGGUGCUCAGCUUUCGAUGGGUCGCCUACGAUUUCGUGGAGGGCGGCACUGCUGCUGCGGUGGUCGCCGCAUCGGGAGCGGAGGAGAGCGGCCCCAGCCCCAAGGACAGCGGCGAGCCCGGCCCGAGCACCGGGGGUGGAGCCCCGGGCUGCUGCAGUGUGUGCAUGUGGCUGUUCCAGGGCAUCAUCCACGUCUUUCAGCUGGCGCAGGUCUGGAGGUACGUCCAUGCCUUAUACCUGGGGGUGCAGAGCCGCUGGCACACAGACCCAGAGCGCAGACACUACUUCUGGAGGAUGAUGUUUGAGAGUGCGGACAUCAGUAUGCUCCGUCUGCUUGAGUCCUUCCUCAAGAGCGCCCCCCAGCUGGUACUGCAGCUCAGCAUCAUGAUCUACGCCAACCAGGUGUUGCCCCUCCAAGGUCUAUCUGCCACUGCCUCACUCAUUUCCCUCUCCUGGAUGAUCGCGUCAUAUCAGAAAGUCCUCCGUGACAGCCGCGAUGACAAACUCUCCAUGUCCUACAAAUCUGUGCUGGUGCAGAUCCUGUGGCACCUGUUCACUAUCGGGGCACGCACUCUGGCCUUCGCCCUCUUUGCCUCCGUGUUCCAGCUCUACUUCGGCAUCUUCAUCUUCGUGCACUGGUGCAUCAUGACAUUUUGGAUCAUUCAAGGCGAGACUGACUUCUGUAUGUCCAAAUGGGAGGAGAUCAUCUACAACAUGAUGAUGGGAAUCGUGUAUAUCUUCUGCUGGUUUAGUGUGAGAGAGGGGCGCACUCGCUGUCGUCUGCUUAUCUACAGUUUAACCGUCUUUGUAGAAAACGUGGCUCUUACUACGGCUUGGUACUUGCAUCGCGGUUUGAGAAUGUCUGACUUCUACGCUGUUGUUUUGGUGUGCGUGGUUGCCAGUAGUUAUGCUUUGGGCACAUUUUUCAUGUUUGUCUAUUACUAUCUGCUACACCCCGAUGGACCAGUGUCUAGUUGGACUUAUAUUGUAGAAAAAGAGGACAUUCCCGUGGAGAUUUUAGCUUCUCCCGCUUCCAGCCACCCCCCUGAUGUUGUAAGCAGCCCACCUAGGACCCUGCAACGGACUAAAGCCACGGAGCAGGGCUGUGGUAUAGAUGGAGAUGUGUUUCAAGUCAGAGCUCUCCGUGGAACUCUGGUACCUCCACAGCAACAGUUAUCUCCAAGGACAGAAGGCCCAGUUAUUCGGAUAGACCUACCCAGAAAAAAGUACCCUGCCUGGGAUGCACACUACAUCGAUCGGAGGCUGCGGAAAACCAUCUUGGUUCUUGAAAGCGCUGCUCCGGUCACGCCCAAAAUACAGUACCGCUGCCUGGGUACGCCAAAAGAAGUGAUGGAGUAUGAAACAACAGUGUGAAUGCUGUAGACUUAUAUUACAGGCUUAUGUGUAAAAUGCCCUGUCCCAAAAUGGCAGGAGGAGGACUCUGCUCCGGGCCCACAAAGUCUGGAACAGACCAGAUUGGACCGACCUGGACCACAGAUGAAUAGUGGCCCAAUGGAGCAGGAAGCAGCAAGUGUCUUUAUUUGUGAUGCUGGUGCAAACUGCAUUUUUACGUUUCUGUUUAAGUUCUCAGGUCAAGUGUUGUUCAAUAGGUUGCGUUCAUGACUGGAAUUUUAUGUCAUAAUUUCAGAUGAAUGACAAGGGUCUAUUAACGCGAUGGGCGAUUCACUGUUUGAAAAAAAAAAAAUCACCUUAGUUAAUUUUUGCUGACAGAAAAUGCUGAACUUUGUGUCAGUUUUUGUUUCAUGUGAAUAAACCCUUUAAUUGCAUAGAUAUAAAACAGAACAAAACAACUGCAUUUUUGAGUUAAAGGUGAACUAUAUAACUUCUGUUUCCAUGGAGACGUUUUGCAUUGACAGGAAUGUUCCACAGUAUGGCACUACACCUAUCUGUGAUACAUCAAUUUAAAUCACAGGGAUUUUUAUUCAUUUAAAACAAAACAUUAAAAACAUUCUUCAUAGAUCUCACCUGUAACUUAGCUGGAUAGCGUCGCCUUUUCACCUCCUUUGAGUUUAAUGCCAUACUGUGGAACAUUUCAGAUAAAGCAAUAACAUCUCCAUGGGCACAAGUAGGUGGUUAAACAGCAAAUUCCCUAACAAUUCUUACCUUUCCAGCUCAGUUUGAAAAUAUGGACAGAUUUUAAUGUUAUGACAUCCAUGAACCCAACCUAUAAGAAAGAGCAAAUCUUUUUUCUGUGAAGGAAAGAGCACAGGUGGCAGUGUGGACUAUCAAGCAGAAAGUUCUCCAAAUGAAGGCGUUAGAGCAUCAAGUGUUUAGACUAACACAGACAGGCCUUCGUCAUGCAUGACUAUUUAUGGCAGCUACAACUUAUAAAAAGCCGUAGAGGGUGUGCAAAAAUGGGAACCUUACUGUAUUUUUCAAUGCAAUCUACAGUGAUUACAGCACAAAUAGUGGACAUUGUUUUCCCAUAACUACCCACUCAUGAUUAAAGGUGCACUGUGUAUCUUCUUGUGGAGGGUACGCCACCUGCUUGCCACCAUGGAAAUGUUACUGCGUUGGCCAGAAUGUCCCUGAAACAAGCAAGUGGCAUUUAUAGUUCAGUACUGUGGAGAGGUGAAGAGACUCAUAGAAAGAAAACACCUAUACUGCAGUAAAUUUAAUUUAUUUUAUUUAAUGCCAUACUGUGGAACCAAGCAAAGCAAUAACAUCUCCAUGGAGAGAAGCAGGCACAUACACCCCCCAGAAAAAUUACACAGUGCAGCUUUAUAAAGCCUCUGAAAAGGUUGCUUCAAAAGUGAAAGGGAAAUUCAGAAAUGAUUUUUGAGUUGAAUGUAAAAAAAAUGUUUGAAAUGUGAUUCUUGCUGAAAGGUUUUGAGCAUCAUCAUGCUGUCAUUGGGGUAGCUUACAUUCUUGUGGUAUGAUCUGUUUUGUGAAGAAAAGAGAUUUGUGUGUUUUUAUGAGCUGUGUUUGGGCCACUAUCAUUUUUAUAUUAGGAGGAGACACCUUUAUUCAAACGUGUACUGCUUGUAUUGAACAGCAUCACAGUUCUUUUGGCCAUAAUCACUCAGUGGUGUUUCCAUUGUGCACAUAAAAGGCAAAGGGGCACUUAUUUAACUCUGUGUAAAUGAAACUAUUCAACAGAGAGAACACAGAAGGACAGCACUGUCUGUAAUGUACUGUAUCUGUCUGAUAAAAUGUAAAAUAUAUUUCAGACUCCCAUGAGUAGGUUUGGUAUUAUGACACAGGGCCAUGAUGCUGUGUUCAACAUUGUUUUCAAUAGAAUAGCCACAAAGAUAUUGCGUGUGUGGGUUCACAUACCAGCAUGUGUAUGGUGUAUGUGGAGGAGUAAUCCUGUGCAUAUAAAACAAAAUGUUUCAUUUGCAGAUUCAGUUGAGAAAAAGACUUGGUAUAGACAUAGCACAGUCAUCUUUCCAUUGCAGUAAAAUAAACCUUUAGGCUCAUCUGGUGCUAACUGUUUGAGAUGACAAAGUGGUAACACCUUAAAUAUGUGGAGAGCUGUACCUCAAACACAAAGACAGGAGAUAUCAAAGCCUUAAACUGGUCACACCAGACUGUGCUGUUCAGAGCAUCAAGGUGACAACUAUAUGAGUCUGUUUUCUGAAUAAAGACCAAUGUGUUUACUGGACUGGAGUUUUCUUUCUUUGAGAUGAAGUCCCUCAUCUCUUGUGGAUUAGCAGUAUUAAUCCAGGCCUCUACAC